UUGCAAUUUUGAUUUUUUUAAUUCCAACUCUCUCAACCACUACAUAUUUUAAUGCAAUUUUUUUCUUUUUAUCUUUCUUUGUUAUCUGAUUUGAUAUGCUUCUUAAUUCCUUUUUUUUUAAAAGGUUCUUCUUCUUUGGACUUGUUUAAUUUGUUCCGUUAUGUUGUUGUUUGUUGCUUUUGUAAAUUGUACCAACCUGACCUCACAAUCUUCAAUUUUUUAAUAUGUAAAGAUGCCAUAAAAAGGUUAUGAUCUCCAUGCCUUAGCUUGGUGUCUUCUUCUCUUUCAGGCAUCCCAGUAGGUUCGAAGAUAUUUUAACUGUCAGUACUUUCCAUAUACUUUUCUAGUGUUUCUUCAGCGGAAAGUCGUAUACAUUUUCUUUGAUAGAUUAUACAUUUAAUAGCAUUUGGUUGUAUCUUCACAUCUAAAUCCGCACGGACAGUUGUGACACAGAGCUCAAGUUGUUAAGUAUUCGAAGUGUUCAUCAAAAGCUGAGUGCAUUAAAAGUGAACCAUGUCCUUAAUACGAUCUACGGAUCUGUCUACCACAGCUUAUAAAAACUCUAAUCUCUACUCACUAAAGGGAAUCAGUAACAGCUCUAGCUCGUCUGCCCCAUUGUUCAACUCUGAGCAGAGGAUCACAUGUGAGACUGAAUCUUACAGCAGUGAUAGUUACGAUCCAAACUACCUGCUUGACUCCCCUACAGAAGAAGUUAUGCCUCCAUAUAGCUCUAGCGUACGGCUAAACCAAUUCCAGCCACAAGGUCCCUCUUCUUGCCAGCUGAUGCCUGCUCAAAAUUCAUAUAACUCUUCUUUUGUGUCCAUGAGACAUCCUAAUCCUUGUCAAACCAAUUUUGGGCCAGAAUGUCUAAGUCCAGAUGAAAUAGACUAUGAUGAGGACAAAAUGAGAAUGAAGCUACAAGAACUGGAGAGGAUGCUUCUCAACGAUAAUGAUAACCAGGAUGAUGACAUGUUUGGUCGUGAUUGCAGCAUGGACAUUGACGGUGAAUGGGUUGGCCCUGUCCAUAAUGUAAUGCUCCAUGACUCACCUAAGGAGUCUUCAUCCUCGGAUUCUAUUGUUAGUAGCAUCAGCAGCAAUAAAGUAAUAUCAUCAACAACUUCUCGGACACCCAAGCAGUUGCUCUUCGACUGUGCUUCCAUAAUUGCAGAGGGUCACUUUGAGGAAGCAUCUGUAAUGAUAAAGGAGCUUCGGCAGAGGGUUUCUAUCCAAGGAGAUCCUCCCCAGAGGAUUGCUGCUUAUAUGGUUGAAGCUCUUGCGGCUCGGAUGGCUACCUCUGGUAAAGGUCUUUACAAGGCUCUGAAAUGCAAACAGCCCCCGUCUUCUGAUCGACUCUCAGCCAUGCAGGUCCUUUUUGAGGUGUGCCCAUGUUUUCGGUUCGGAUUUAUGGCAGCAAAUGGUGCAAUUCUGGAAGCACUUAAAGGUGAAAAGACAGUUCAUAUAAUAGAUUUUGAUAUAAACCAAGGGAGUCAAUAUAUAGCACUAAUACAAACACUUGCCGCUCAGCCUGGUAAGCCACCCCAUUUGAGGUUAACUGGCAUUGAUGAUCCUGAAUCAGUUCAACGUGACAUUGGGGGCCUGAAAAUCAUUGGCCAAAGACUUGAGAAACUGGCUGAAGACUUUGAUGUUUCAUUCGAGUUCCGAGCAGUGGCCUCAAUGACUUCAUUAGUCACACCAGCGAUGCUGGACUGCCAGCCCGGGGAAGCAUUAGUGGUGAACUUUGCUUUCCAACUUCACCACAUGCCCGAUGAGAGCGUUUCAACAGUAAACCAGCGGGACCAGCUUCUGCGGAUGGUCAAGAGCUUGAAACCGAAACUUGUUACUGUUGUUGAACAAGAAGUGAACACUAACACUACCCCAUUUUUAACAAGGUUUGUUGAAUCCUACAAUUACUAUUCAGCUGUGUUUGAGUCUCUGGAUGCUACUCUUCCAAGGGAGAGCCAGGAGAGGAUGAAUGUUGAAAAGCAGUGUCUGGCACGCGACAUAGUCAACAUAGUAGCGUGCGAGGGAGAGGAAAGAAUAGAGAGGUAUGAAGUCGCAGGGAAAUGGAGAGCGAGGAUGAUGAUGGCUGGGUUCAUGUCAUGUCCAUUUUGUCCAAAUGUGAAAGAUUCGAUUCGGAAGCUUAUAAAGCAGCAGUAUUGUGACAGGUACAAGAUGAAGGAGGAAACUGGUUCACUCCAUUUCGGGUGGGAAGAUAAAGUCUUGAUUGUUGCUUCGGCUUGGAGGUAACAAUUACGUUGUGGUUAUGGAAAGAGUUGCAUCAUCUGGAUUAACUUAGUGUUGUUUGUCUUUAAAUUUUGUAACUAUAUCUUUUCCUGUUGGAUCAAAAUGUCUGCUGACUUAUAAUCCAAGUGAAGUUGGAAUAAAAACUUAUGUUGUUUAUGUUAAA